UUAUCCUUGCUUAUUGAAAAAUAUUACCGUUGUACGGCCGCGAUGCCGUCUCAAGAUGACCCCAGCUUGCUCGAUUUUGAACUCCGGCUUCACCAACAACAACUUCAAGACACUACCGUUACUCCCGAAGAUCCAGCACUUGAGCCGGGCCAUGACGAUAAUACUCUUGAUGCCGACAAUUUUAAUGACAUGCCGGACCUUGAAGUUGUAUCGGACCAGCAAGAGAUGCCAGAUUUCCUGUUGAUGCCAAGCCCGUUGUCUUUGCCGUCUCUUGAGACAGUGGUAGAUGA